CUUUUUUUUUUUUAAGUAAACAAGUGGUUUAUUUGGAAUACUUGAGAUCAAGAUGGCAUUAACAGGAACAAUAAUCCGCAGAGUAGAGAUCAGCUCAGGUUCGAAGGUGAUACAUGAUAUAUUUAGGCACACACCGAGCGACAUAUCUUCCAUUUGCCCUGAUAAGAUCCAUGCAUGUGAUGUGCUCAGUGGUCGUAGAGGUGCUGUUGGAUCCAAAAUUAUCUGGCACUUUACCUAUGAUGGAAAAAAGCAAAGUUUAACAGAGGUAAUUGAUGAAGUCGAUGAGACAAACCACAAAAUCGUGUUUAAAGUUUUAGAAGGAGAGCUCGUGGAUGGGAAAUACAAAGCAUUCAUAAUAACAUUUCAUUGUGAACAAAAAGAUGGUAAACAAUGUGCCGUUUGGAUCAUAGACUUUGAGAGGCCGGAUACAAGUGUACCUUAUCCAACUUCUUUCAUGGAAUAUCUAUGUGAUUAUCUAAAAGAGAUCGACGACCACAAGAGUUGUAACUAGAGCUUGAAGCUCUCUUACGACAAUGAAGGAAUGCAUUGUUGCGUAUGCAUGCAUGUGUUUAGCCAAUAAGCCAUAAGUGCAUAAGGAAUAAAACUGCAUAAUAUUUGGAUUGUGAUAUGUAUGUAGUAAUAUGUGUAUUUUUUGUGUUUCUAGUGCUUGUAAUAUGAUCUAUGAAUGUUUGAAACUAAAUAUGUGUUUAUUAUUUAAGAAAUUCAAUCUAUAUGAA